UUCAGUUGGUCCAUCUGAUGGAAUGGUCGCCGCCAAGCGAAGAUGAAGCGACAAGACACCUGCAUGCGGCGUUUCCGUCGCUUCAGUUCACCACGGAUGAAGACGACGAUGCUGACUGUGAUGUUGACAUCAGUGUGGACGACAUACGACUACCUAGCGUAAAGGAUGCCAUUCAACAGUCCAUUGAUGGAGCGCUAGCCAAGUGGGAAGAGUUGUUGCCGAUCAGUACCAUGGAAGUGCUUCGCGUGACGCAACAGCGCGCAGCCACCCAGAAGAUCGCGCGCCUUGUGCUGAAAGACGAACCCACCACGGACGUCACCGACCAGAAGAUCCAGGGCAUCUUCCGUGACCUGGUCACAGAGGACGAAUGCUUGGCUGCUCGUCGCCCUUGUCCAUUGGUCCAACAAUUUCUCGACGCGCAUCCGCACACACGAAAGGGGCCCCUGGUUGAGCACCCUCCGAUUCCCGGGUGGAUGUUUGCCGCCAAAUCUGCCGCUGGCAUGCAGGAAUCCCCUGUAGACCUACUGCAUGACUCGCUGUAUCUCCUGGAAGUGAUGCACCCGUCACUCGCGUCCAAGAAGAGUCAGUUCCUGCUGGUGUUGGGGUCGACGCCGUUGACCGCACUAGCAGAUGCCAUCUACUGCCGCGACUAUGAGUACCUCAAAGAGUUUGGGCUGCACUCGAAGAUGAUGUACAUGGCCGGCCAGUUUUUUGUCGACAAGCGGCAGCCGCACCACGUCGACUACUCGAACGACGUCCGCCAGUGGCUUCAGAAAUUUCCAGCGCUUCAACUUGACUACCCUGGUCACCACCCACCCUACAUAUCAAUCCUUCUCUUUCUCGCGCUUAUGCGUUUACAGGGUACGACACGACGUCCAUGUCGAUGGAACGCGCGACGUUGAGUGCAUUGGCACUCCAACUGGACACGCCGUACCUGUUUCUGCAUCUUGGCCAGUGCGAACACAUCAUGUUCAUCCGCAAUAUUCGUCUGCUCCACACCAUGGACGACCCACGUACGGACGAGUACCCCAUGCGACUGACCAGGCGGCAGCACCACCAAAAGUGCCUGGUGUGCCAGGUACACAUGGCAAAGUUCGUCACGUUUGGAGACGCCAUGGGGGUCGAUGACCCCAUGUACUACUGCGACAGUUGCUACUUUGUGGCGCACUACGACGCCCACGGCACCCUCCUGCCCGACGUGGCCAACUACAAAGUGUUCCCGUACUACCCAGACGAUUGAGGAAAAUGGAAUAUUUCGAUUUUUUGCCAACUUUUCUUCGAAAAACGGCAAUUUGAUGUGGCAUCCGCCCUAAAUGAUAUUUUUAUUUACUUUGUAUCACGGCUUUCGAGAUUUCGUAUGUCUGGAUGCCACCAAAGUUCAAAACGUUAUGCCACAAUUUUCUUGAGAAUCGGAUGUUUUAUGGCAUAAAUAUAAUGGACCUAUAAGGAUUUUGUCCAACUUUUUUAUGGAGGUUUGUGUUCACCCUGAAUUCUUUUGUAUAUACUCCGGAGUAUAACUUUAAAAUUAUAAUACAAAUCGUAGAAUAAGUUUUAAAAAAAGUACAUAACAUAAUGAUACAG